UGAACGCUUCCCGGUUAUAUCAGCAGAUCUAUCACCAUGGCUUCUGAAGCAGUGGCUGUGUUGCUGCUGGUCUUCUUGUCAGGAUCUACCUUUGGGAUAAAGCUGGAAGGAAAUGGAUACACAGACGUUCUGAUUGCUAUUAACCCAGUGGUACCUGAGAACCCACUGCUCAUCGAGAGAAUCAAGGAAAUGAUGUGCAAUGCGUCAUCCGUACUCUUUACAGCCACUGAAGACAAAUUCUACUUUGAAGAGAUAACAAUACUAGUGCCACCAAACUGGUCUCAAGGAGGCUAUGGAAGAACAAAGACUGAAACCUAUGAAAAAGCCAAAAUAAUCAUUAAUGAGGAAAAUCGUGCAUAUGGAGAUCAACCUUACACCCUGCAGUAUGGUCAAUGUGGAUCUGAGAGCCGGUACAUUCAUUUGACCACUAAAUUCAUCUUAGAUGAUGAACUCAUUAAACUGUAUGGACCCAGAGGUAAAGUCCUUGUGCAUGAAUGGGCUCACCUGAGAUGGGGAGUUUAUGAUGAAUUUGAUGACGGUCAGCCAUUCUACAAGGGUGCACACAGUGAUAUUCAGGCAACUAGAUGUUCCCUAGAGCUUGAUGGUAAAAUUGUCAACAGAAUUAACCACACAAAUUGCACACACAUUGACCCGAACAACAAGAUAUAUCCACAGGACUGUGUGUUCUUAGCAGACAGCGAACAAUGGGAGAAUACUGCAUCUUUAAUGUCCUAUCCAAGUUUACAUAAGGUUACAAGAUUCUGCUCCAAAAAAACACACAACAGUGAGGCCCCUAAUGCACAGAACAGGAUGUGUGACAACAGAGAUGUGAUGGACGUUAUUUUCACAAGCUCAGUGGAUGCCAAAGCCAAUGUCCAGCCUCUGAAAGGACCACAUCCAGCACCUAGGUUCACUGUGAUGCAGAGGGGACAGAGAGUUGUCUGUCUGGUCCUUGAUGUUUCAGGAAGCAUGCGUGGCUCAAGAAUAUUGCAACAGCAACAAGCAGCAUCUCUGUUCCUGACAACUAUAGUAGAAGAUCAUUCAUAUGUUGGGAUUGUAACAUUCACAAAAGAUGCCAAAACUUUUAAACCUUUAACUGUAAUCCAUGGUGAAGAAUCAAGAACGCAACUUGUGAGAUAUUUGCCAAGUGAAGCUAAUGGAGGCACUGACAUUUGUAAAGGACUUAAAAAUGGUUUUGAGGAGUUACGCAAAGACAAUGGCAAUACAAUGGGAGAUGAAAUCAUCCUUUUAACUGAUGGGGAAUCAGAAUUAAAUUGUGCGUCGGAGGUUAAAGAAAGUGGUGCCAUUGUAAAUACAAUUGCUCUUGGACCAAGUGCAAACAAAGAGUUGAAAAUGUUGUCAGAAAUAUCAGGUGGGAAAUAUUUCUAUGCAUCUGAUAAUCUGGAUCAAACUGAACUUGUGAACGUCUUUGCUUCACUUACCACAACCAAUGGCGAUUUGACACAUCAGACAAUCUUGAAUGGAAUUCUCAACGGGACUGUGUCUGUUGAUCACACAAUCGGGAAUAAAACCACCUUUUUGGUGCUCCAUGAAAGUCAGUCCCCGGAGGAUAUUGAAAUAAAAAGCCCAUCUGGACAAAUCUACGAUUUUAUUGAUUUUCAACAUUCUUCUAUUUCCAAAAUGCACUCCUUAGUUAUUCAAGGAACAGCUGAGACUGGAGAUUGGACAUAUGCCAUAAAAAAUACACUGUCAGAUCAGUAUAUAACAAUAACAAUAACAAGUUGUGCUGUCAGUGACGCCAUACCUCCAGUCACGGUCAAGGCUCACAUGAGCCAACAGUCCAUUGAUGGCAGCAAACCCAUGUUGGUGUAUGCAGAGGUCAACCAGAAAGGUGUUCCAGUGAUUCUGGCAGAUGUGAUGGCCACACUGAAGUCUGAUUCUGGGGACCAAUAUCAGCUGGAACUGCUGGAUAAUGGAGCAGGUGCUGAUGCUUUUAGAAAUGAUGGGAUCUAUUCCAGAUAUUUUACCACUUCUAAAAAUGGAAGAUACAACUUGAAAGUGAAAGUGCAGAGAAAAAACAAAGGCAAAAAUAAUGGACAAGUUAGAUUGAAGAGACACAGUGUUGCCCCAUAUGUACCUGGUUAUGUCAUCCAAGGGAAAGUAGUGAUGAACCCCCCAAAGCCCCCAGUCAGUGAGGAUGACCUGCAGGCUGAUGUGGGCAGCUUCACCAGGACAGCCAUAGGAGAGAGCUUCUCAGUCAGUCUCCCACCUCGUGUCCCCCCUCCAAAUUUCCCCCCUAACAAAAUCACAGACCUGAAUGCAGAGAUAGAGGAGGACAAAGUGAUGCUCACAUGGACUGCACCUGGGGAAGACAUGGAUCAAGGCACGGCUGAUUCCUAUGAGAUCAGAGUCAUGGACUUGGAAGCCCUGAGAGGAAAUUUCAGUGGAGCACAUCUAAUGAACACCUCCGACAUCCGACCACUAGAGGCAGGCUCUACAGAGGAAUACUCCUUCCUUUCCAGUUACAUCAUCAAUGCUGAACCCGAGACGGUCAUGUUCUUUGCUGUACGUUCUUGUGACAAGGAUUCUCUGAUGUCUGACAUGUCUAAUGUUGCUAAAGCCACAAAAAUUUGACCAUUUGUUCCAACUACAACUACGCCUACGAUAUCACAAUAUCCAAGUCCAAACCUAAAGCGGUCCUCUGGAUCAAAUGUAGUAGCAGUGGUUCUAUCAGUCUUUGGUACUGCUGCAGUCAUUAUUGCUGUGCUAGUUGUAAGCAGGAUGUGACUCAACAGACCCGGGAACACUCCCAACUACACAGAGACACAGGUCUCUACAAGCUUUCUGUAACAAUUAACAGCACGAAUACAUCCAUGGGCUUAUCAACACUAAAGAUAAUUGUAUAAUUAAUCUAACAUUCCUUUCUGAAAAACAAUGGCAACGCGAGCUAUUCUCUCUCUGAAUUUGAAAGCUAUUACCCUUUCCAAAGGCAAGACAGAAUUGUAUUUACUGAGAAGACAGAGCAAAAUGUGCCAUCCAUCAUGGUAAUCGCCCCAGUCAUUUACUGGCUAACAAACUACGCAGUAAUGACCAAUUAGUUGAUAUAGCAACUUCUGAAUCUGAAACAGCGGAAUUACUAUCAGAACCCAAAUGAAUCAAAGAUUCUCCUUCUUCUCCUUCUACUCCCCCUGAGGUCUAUUUUAAAUAUUGGAAUCAAUUAGGUUCACUUUUGCUCGAAAUAACUAACAUUUGGGAAGGUGAAUGAAGCACAAAUGUCGGCUUAUAAUUGUAAAGUAAGGAUACCACUCAGUGUCCUGACUCUCGCCCCCAUCUUUGAUAAACAUAGAUAUUUAAUUGUUUUCCAAAAUGUUGUCAUCCCGUCUCGAGACUUUCUUUCCCAAAUUGGUUUGUUAAAGCGGGUUUGUUAAAAAACGUUAAUCCACGGACAAUCGCCAGCGCCUGUUACAUGUCAACAAUGCUUCAAAAGAAACAACAGCUCCUUGGGCUGUUUUAUCUCUUGAUGCAGAAAAAGCUUUGAUAGACUUGACUGUUAAUGCCUCUGGUCGAUCUUGGAACAUAUGGGAAUUGGCUCUAAUUUCAUUAACAUGAUUAGAAUACUAUAUGCCAAUCUCUCAGCCAUAGUUAUAACAGGUAAUAUCUGCUCUGCUCUGUUCAAAAUCACUUGAAGCAGCAGACAAUGCUGUCUGAGUUCUUUAUGGAACCCCUGGCCCAGGAAAAUCAUCAAUCGAAGGAAAUAACACGAACUUCUCUAAAAGCUACUGAUCACUUAAUCUCAUUAUACACGGAUGACAUUUUACUAUACUGCUGUGGAAACAAUUAAGAGACCAUGGCAAAAUUAUCAGUUUCUCUGGUUUUACUAUUUAUAGGUUAGUGUUUGGGUAAAAUUAACAUUUUCGUUUUUAUUCUAUAAACUACUGACAACGUUUCUCCCAAAUUCCAAAUAAAAAUAUUGUCAUUUAGAGCAUUUAUUUAAAGAAAAGAGGAAGAUGGAUGGUCACAAGCCAUCAAACAAAGCAGAGCUGCUAGAAUUUCUGCGCCAGGAGUGGAAUAAAGUCACCCAACAUCAAUGUGAAAGGCUGGUGGAGAGAAUGCCAAGGCACAUGAAAGCUGUGAUUAAAAUCAGGGUUAUUCCACCAAAUAUUGACUUCUGAACUCUUUAAAACAUUAGUAUUGUGUUGUUAAAAAAUGAACCUUAACUUAUUUUCUUUGCAUUAUUCCAGGUCUGACAACAUUGCCCCUUUUUUGUUUUUUGACCAGUUGUCAUUUUCUGCAAAAAAAUGCUCGAAAUGACAAUAUUUUUAUUUGGAAUUUGGGAGAAACGUUGUCAGUAGUUUAUAGAAUGAAACAAAAUGUUUGUUUUACCCAAACACAUACCUACCUAUAAGUAGUAAAACCAGAGAAGCUGAUCAUUUUGCCAUGGUCUCAUAAUCUUAACCAGAGCUGUAUAUAGAUUAACAUUGUAUCGCAAUCAUUCCUAAAUGCAUUGAAGAAUAUAGAAUAAUUUAACUUCAUCCCAAAUUAUUAAAUGUAUCUAACCAAAUCAUCCCUACUGCCUCUCAAGACCCCGACGGAGAACUCAGUCUUUAGUUAUUGAAUCCCAAUCAUUGCCCAUUUUAAAUAUGUGAGUAGAUAUAUUUCCUCCUAAGAUAAAACCAUUGCAAGAAGCUUUAACGGAACGCUCAAAUCAAUUAAAAUCCAGCCUCAGUAGAUGGACUAACAUCCCAGUUGCUUUAACUGGCAGAAUAUCUAUUGUCAAAAUGAAUAUAUUGCCAAGCGUGAAUUUCUGUAGUUCAAUUCUUCCCGUCUCUCCAUUCUGGCUAUUGGGAUACAAUUCAUAGUGCUGUUUCAAAAUGCAAAUGGAAAAGCAAGUGAUCCUGGAUUUUGUUUGAAUUACGAAGAGGGAGUCUUUCCUACGUCUUGUACUACUUUCCAACUUUCCCGGGCACGAGCAUUUCGCCCCAUCCUAAAUUGGUGUAACUGGGAAUCAAAAUGUCAUGCCUAUAAUACAAUAUUUCACAAUAAUGCCUUGCGAUCUGGAACAGAAUAUAGAAAAAUAUGACCUUGGCAUCCCGUAAUCUGAACCAUCAAUUUAUACAUGUAAAGGUUGUUCAAAGACUGCAUUAAACAUCGAGGAAACGUUUCACGAUGAAAUUGGUCCCAACUGUUCACUGUGUUCCCUACAAGCAACAGUGACAAGCAACCAUAGUUGCUGGGAGGCUGUAUGGGCAGUGGCUUGUUUGAUGGGAAGUAGCAUACUUAUUUGUGUUUAUUUUCCUUUACAUACUAAAUGUCAUAAUGAUCAAUACUUUGUAUUUAUGUGCCUUUAUUUUUGAGUGUCAGGCUACAGGUAAAGACGAUAUGAACUGAACCGCCCCACUCUACUUCUCUCUUUUCAUUAUAGUCAUAAUGUUUGUAACUUGUUGUCAUCAUAUUCAUGCCAUUUUUUUAAAUGUUAUAUUCUUUCAGGACAAACACAUUAACAUCUUGCAUGCUUUGAUUUUUUUAGAUGUACUUGCUUAGUUAAACCACAGGAUGGCAGUCAAGUACCAGCAUUAGCUUUUCUUCACUGUCUUUUGUCUGUCUGGUCUGGUGCUUUACUAUUGGGAUCAUGUCAUGAUGUGGGCAUAUUUAAAACUUUUACGAAUGAAACUGGCUACUCUUCUACCAUUAUAUUGUUUUACUGUGAUUGAAAGGGGUCUGUUCAAGGUCUUAAUAAAAGGCCUAUUUUACACUCACACAUUCAUUCGUUUAAAUUCAUGUAUUCUACUCUCAUGACUUCACAUUUAACACUCAUUCCACAUAAUUUUGUGAUAAGUCGAAUUGAUAAAUAAAAAUCGUAUAAUUU